AUGAUUACUUACUCAGAAUAUUUUGAUGACUAUGUUGAUGAUUUAAACAGAUAUCUACAUAAAAUAAAACAUUCUAUAUAUAAUAUAACAAAUAAAGAAGAUUAUAAUAAAAUAAGAGAAUACAUUUUCGAAGCUGAAAAAUGCAUUAAGCAAAUAAAUAUUGAAAUAAAUAGCUUACCAAAAGGAUCUAAUAAAAUUCUCAAUCAAAUAAAUACAUAUAACUUAGAUUUAAAGAAGUAUAAAGAUAUUGUGAAAAAAAUGAGUGCCGAUUAUUACUCUGAAGAAUAUCUUAAUAGUAGACAGUAUGAUAUGACAAAAAAAUAUAAAGAAGGGGUUGACUUUCUCAAAGAGUCUGAAAGGAGAGCCCAAGAUAUUGAAGAUAUAGGAUAUACAAUUAUGAGCGAAUUAAAUUCGCAAAGAAGUGCAAUACUAAGAACAAAACAUCAUACGGAUGAAACUCGACAGGAACAAAAUCGCGUGAAAAGAAUGUUAUUAAGUAUAUAUCAGAAUAAGUUGGUAUUUAAAGGAUUAUUAAUAUUAAUUAUAAUUCUUUUAGUUAUUGCUAAUAUAGGAGUAAUAAUUUAUAAGAUCAGAUAA